AUGGGGUGUGCCAGCUCGAAGCUGGACGAUCUCCCGGCGGUGGCGCUGUGCAGGGAGAGGUGUGCUUUUCUGGACGAGGCAAUCCACCAGCGCUACUCACUCGCCGCAGCUCACAUCGCGUACAUAAACUCGCUCAAGGCAAUUGGUCACUCCCUCAACACGUUCAUCCACCAAGACACCACCCAAGGUCCUUUUCCGACCUCUCCCACGCCCUCUCCCUCUCCCUCUCCCCCUCACAAAACCCAACAUCUCUCCAAGAACGCUUCUCCUUCUCCCUCCGACUCCGCCGGCUCCCACCUCCACUUCCACUCUGACUCGGAUGACCUCGCCUCCCUCCAUCACUCCCCCGACUCCUCCCCCCCACGCCUCCCUUCCUCUUACUUCGCCCAGUCCCAACCGGAUCAUCACCUUCACAUGAACUUCAUGAAGAACAAACCCGCCCCAUCAAUUCUCUUCCACCAGAGGCCCCUCAGUCCCGAUACCGUCUACGCCGGCGAGUCCUCUUCCUCCUAUUACCCUUACAACUAUCCCUCCUACCCCUACGAUCCCUAUUCUGCUCCUCCCUUUCACGGAUCUUCCGACCCCCAGCGCCAACCCGUUUCCAAGCCCCCUCCGCCUCCCCCAUCCCCCCCUCGGGCCUCCACCUGGGACUUCCUCAACUUCUUCGAUAACAGCGACGACAAGUACUAUCCCCAACCUCAUUACACGCCUACCCCCAGCCGCGACUCCAGAGAGCUCAGAGAGGAGGAGGGGAUCCCCGAUUUGGAAGACGAGGAUUUUCAUCACGAAGUCGUCAAGCAAGUUCACGGGGAUCAGAAGCUGGUCGAGCCUAAGCACGAACCCCCUCUCACCCACCACAACAACCACCUACACCUCCACGAUGAAGAAGAAGACGAAGACGAAGAGGAGGUGGAGUUUGAAGCGCGUGUCGUGGAUAAGAAAGUGGUUGAUGUCGAUAAAGACGGAAACAAGGCCAAGGAGCAUGCCGCAUUCCGUAGCCGUCGACCUGGUUCCCGGAAUCCCCUUGAGGUUGCGAAAGAGAUUCAGGAUCUCUUUCAGAGGGCUUCUGAUUCCGGUGCCCUAAUUGCCAAGAUCCUUGAGGUGGGCAAGCUUCCCCACAGUCGAAAGCACGCCGCCUAUCAAGCUUCUUCCAAGAUGCUACAAGUUGUUUCUCCCUCAUUGUCUCUUGUGUCCUCCCAACCUUCUACUUCUAAUGAUACCCAAUCCGCCUCUAACAUGGAUCUUGGUGUUGAUCUAACCACUGGAGCACGCAAUCUUUCCUCAACACUGCAUAAGCUCCUUCUCUGGGAGAAGAAACUCUAUAAUGAAGUUAAGGCUGAGGAAAAGAUGCGGGUCACACAUGAUAGGAAGUGUCGCAAGCUGAAGCGCAUGGAUGAUAGGGGCGCUGAUUUUCAUAAAGUUGAUGCAACUCGAACCCUGAUUAGGAACCUGUCCACAAAAAUAAGAAUGGCAAUUCAGGUUGUUGAUAAGAUUUCUAUGACUAUAAAUAAGAUAAGGGAUGAAGAACUGUGGCCACAGCUGAAGGAAUUGAUCCAAGGGUUGACCAGAAUGUGGAAAUCCAUGCUUGAAUGUCAUCAUAAUCAGUGUGAAGCAAUUAGAGAAGCUAGAAUACUGGGUUCCAUGGGAUCCAGGAUAAAGAGCGGUGAUAGUCAUCUUCAAGCAACCAAACAACUUGAACAAGAGCUCAUCAAUUGGACUUUCCAAUUUUCUGGCUGGAUAAGUGCCCAGAAAGGUUAUGUUAGAGCCUUAAAUAAUUGGCUGCUGAAAUGUCUCCUGUAUGAACCUGAAGAAACACCUGAUGGCAUAGUCCCCUUUUCCCCGGGUAGGAUUGGGGCUCCACCAAUAUUUGUAAUAUGCAAUCAGUGGUCCCAAGCUUUAGAUAGAAUAUCUGAAAAGGAAGUUGUUGAUUCCAUGCAUGUAUUUACAAUGAGUGUGCUUCAGAUAUGGGAACAAGAUAAGCUAGAAAUGCAUAGGCAGAUGAAUCAGAACAAGGAUCUUGAAAGAAAAGUGAGAAAUAUAGAUAGAGAUGACCAGAAGCUGCAGAAGCAAAUUCAAGCAUUAGAGCGAAAGGUGGUUCUGCUAUCUGGGGAAGGUAAAGGUCUGUCAGUUUCCGAAAAUAUCAUUUAUCAGAGUGACAAAAGCAGUAGCCUACAGGCUAGCUUGCAGCGCAUAUUUGAGGCCAUGGAGAGAUUUACGGAGGAAUCUGUGAGAGCUUAUGAGGAGUUACUACAACGGAGUGAAGAAGAAAGUGUUGCCCGAAAUCGUGAGAGAGUUUGA